CUCAGAAAGAUAUAAAAGCUCGAGUGCACCAACAAGUAGCCAUCAGUUAUCACACAGCAGCAAGUCAAGCGUGACAAUUCAAGCUAAAAAAAAAGACAUAAAUCCUGCAAAUAUGAAGAACUCCGUUGCUAUCUUGCUGUGCGCUCUGAUCGGUCUGGCCUCCGCUGCCGAGUACAAGCUGCGUACCGCUGAGGAUCUGCAGAAGGUGCGCAAGGAGUGCGCCGAAGCCAACAAGGUGACAGAGGCCUUGGUGGCGAAGUACAAGACAUUCGAGUAUCCCGACGAUGAGAUCACCCGUAACUACAUCAAGUGCAUCUUCAACAAGUUCGAUCUGUUUGAGGACACCAAGGGUUUCAAGGUUGACAACCUUGUUGCCCAGCUGGGCCAGGGACGCGAGGACAAGACCGCACUGAAGGCCGAUGUGGAGAAGUGUGCCGAUAAGAACGAACAGAAGUCGACUGCCAGCGCCUGGGCAUAUCGUGGCUUCAAGUGCUUCCUGAGCAAGAACCUGCCCCUUGUUCAGGCUGCCAUCCAGAAGAAGAACUAAGUUUAAGCAGUGAUUGUGCCUCUAGAGAAACCAUAUGCACAGAACACUCUCUUCCAAGGAUCCGUGAAUGAUGAUCACUUACAAAACUGCACUUUGUUUCAAAUAUGAAAUAAAAAUCGUAUAAUAGCAAA